AUGGCAGUCGACCAUUCAAGAGACGUGAACAAGUGGUUCCCCGAGCCUCGCAAAUUGAAUCCGCAUAUGCGCUAUGUAGAAAGGACAUCGGCAGAAUUGGAUAUCAAGCUCAAUGUGAUAAGGGAUCCAGAUGUCUUUGAUCAAACCUACUCCCUGUGCACCCAGGUGGGAAAGGGUGGUUUUGGGAAGGUUUUUCAAGCCAGACAUAAUGGAAACGGUGCAAAGGUUGUUAUAAAGCAGGUGGAUUCUGAUCGUGUGCCAUGCUGGUGUCGAUUGGAUGACGAUAUGCUUCCAAUGGAGGUGGUUCUGUUGAAAAAGCUUUCACAUAUCGAUGGGAUUUCCAGAAUGUUAGAGGUCUACGACCUCCACGGAACGUGGCACAUUGUGAUGGCCGGCAAUACACCCGCUGUUCAAGACCUAUUCGACUACAUUUGCAAGCGAGGCUAUUUAAGCGAAUGCGAGUCCGCCUUCAUAAUGUAUCAACUUAUUGGCAUACUGCUGAAAUGCCACGAAGCUGGAGUUCUACACCGCGACCUGAAGGAUGAAAACCUUCUCAUCGACUCGGAUAAUCAUGAAAUCCAACUCAUUGACUUCGGAUCGGGCGCCUUCUUGCACGAUGGGAUCUACAAUGAUUUCGAUGGUACACGAGUUUAUUCUCCGCCGGAGUGGAUAAAAACUAAUGGAUAUCGCGGAAAAUCUGCUGAAAUUUGGACGGUGGGAAUUCUUCUUUUUGACAUGAUUAACGGGGAUAUUCCCUUCAUGAGUGACCAUGAAAUCCUCUCUGGUGCAGUACAAUUCCGUCGAACCCUCGUCAGCCACGAGGCUAUGGACCUUAUACAUUGUUGUUGCCGUCUGGAUCCACGUGAGCGUCCCACGCUAAUGGAAAUCCUUCUCCAUCCAUGGAUGCGGCUUUUCCGAAACACAAUUUCUAGGCUCGAGUGCGAACCCUCUCAGUACGCCCUGGAUGAGUCGGCCAAGUAUAUGCCAUCGCCUCUGGCUUCUUCCAUUACUGUUCGUUCGGGACUUUGCGAUCUUGCGAACUUGUGCAUUGCACAGGGCAACAUCCCGUUGAGUCAGUCGGAGUUGAAGAAGAGGAUGGAAGAGGAGGAGAUCCCGGAACAAAAGUCCGGACCAGAGAAGGUGGGGAAUGAUGCAGGAGAAGGAGAACGGAUUACAAUCCAAACUCAGGAAAACUGUGAAGUUUCACCCGAUCUCCUGCCAAUUCAAUCCCCGGAAUCCGUUAGCUCAACCUAUAACGGCCACGUCCACAGUGGCUAUCUUAGAAGACGGGGACCUUCUCCACCCGCUAAUAAUGUGGAUAGCAGCAUUAAUUCUGUAUUUCGUAGAAACUCAAUCUAUAUCAACCCCACCGCUCCCGGUCGUCUCCAUCGCUAUGACGCACGACAUCCACAACCGGAUGGACAUCCGUUUUUUCGUCAACAGCAGCAGCAACAGUUUAGCUGGGACAUCUUGCACGACUUCGAAUUUCAGGAGGAGUCAUCACGACCCAACUCCAACGAGUCCCACAACAGCUCAGGGUAUUUCACCCGUUCAAACUCAAUGGAGGGGGAGGAUGAUCAGGCUCCAGCAUUUCAAAACCUGGCCACUCUCGCGCAAGCCAGUCAACAAUUUGUAUCACCGGCUUCCGCAUACCCCUUGCUGAGACGAGGAGCGCCGAUGGACAGCUCCCUGACGGUCCCCAAUACUGGUGCUGCUGCUGCUGAUAAAAGUGAUGAUGACGAUGUUCCAGAACCGGAUGUGCUUUCCACUUAUUCGUGCCUUAAACGCAAUCUCAAGACGGCCUGGACGCCGACUCUUUGGGCCUAUGAAAGCAUCAGGAAGAGAGAUAGUUGUAGCAAGUGCCAAGCUAUACCGACGACCUCAAGCGGCAGCAGUAAUGGCAGCAGUGCCAGUGAUGGCGGGGAGGACAAGGAUGCUCACGCACAAUCUCGUAGCUCUAAACCGCGUAAAUUUUAG